GCUAUAAAGCGGCGGCGCCGAGCACAUGCUCGUCUCAGCGCUGCGCCAGCGCCGGGGUGGCCGUGCUGAGCCGAGCCGCGCCGAGCCGUACGGGCCGCCGCCCGUGGUGGUGGGGGCGGCGGGGCUGGGUGUGCUGUGCCACGCUGUACCGCGCCGUACCGAGCCGCGCCCCCGCCCGCCCGUGUCUGUGUCCGUGUCCCCGGCCCCGCUGCUCUGUGAGGGCCGCCGGCGCCCCCCGCCCGGCCCGGCCCCGCUGCCGCCUCCCCGCGGGAUGCGGGCUCGGCCCGCCCCGGCGCCCCCGCCCCCGGCCGCAGCAUGAGUGCGGCCAGCGAAACAUGUCUCUUUAUAAAAGACAUAAAACCCGGACUGAAAAACUUAAAUGUCGUCUUUAUUGUGCUGGAGAUCGGGCGAGUCACCAAGACCAAGGACGGGCACGAGGUGCGCUCCUGCAAGGUGGCGGACAAGACGGGCAGCAUCACCAUCUCCGUGUGGGACGAGAUCGGCGGCCUCAUCCAGCCGGGGGACAUCAUCCGCCUCACCAAGGGGUAUGCAUCUCUGUGGAAAGGAUGCCUGACACUUUACACAGGACGAGGAGGCGAGCUGCAUAAAAUUGGGGAGUUCUGCAUGGUAUAUUCAGAAGUGCCAAACUUCAGUGAGCCCAACUCGGAGCACCUUGGGCAGAACAAACUGGCACAGGGUGAACAGAACAGUAGUUCUGCAUCAAGUAAUAUGAGUUCUUGUACUUUUGGGCCACUGGGAAAUGGUUUGCAAACUGGACCUGAAUCAAGUGGAUUCCCAUUUGCGUAUAAUCAUGGCCACUCUUAUGCAGGUAGCGGGAGAGGCAAUGGACGAGGACCUAUAAAUCCAGCAACACCUAAUAGUGUUCAGCCUCCUCUCCCUCCUGUCAGUAAUGGGAGGGACCCACGCAGAGCCUUUAAAAGAUGACUAUGCCAAAUGUGGUUCUACAGCUUGCUUAAACUCUACACUCUACUUGAACACUUAUUGCACUUUUAUUUAUGGCUAACUGUGAACCAGUUUGUCCUUUAUUGUUUUUUACCUUUUGGUCUACGGAGCAAACUUGAUGUGAUCUCUUGUUUAGGGAAGCGUAGUGAUUCUUCCCUAUAAGUUAAGGGGGCAGAGGGAGAAAGUGGAUAAAAGAAAGGGUAACAGUUUAAAGAGUUUUAAUUGAAACUCAGUGCCCUUUGGUAAAUGGAAGAAUUUUGGUUACAUGUAUAUUUUUUUCUGUUUCUGUUGGUCAGCCAUACAGCCUUAAAAGGUCUAUAAUGUCCUAUGCGCACAUGUGACUUCCAUUAGAGUUAAUGGGAGUUGAUUGUUUUGGAAGGGAAGUGAGAGAGGGGCCAAGGUGUCCUUAUGAACUAGUGUCCUUGAAAUAAAAAUAGCUUGUAAAAGCAAUAAGUACAAGGAAAUGGCCAGUGCCAGUACCUAGUGGUGUCUCCUAUAUCAGUGAAUGGGCUUCUCAGAUGAAAGCUGAAGUUGUUACAGUGAGUGUCUUGAAGCUUGAAUUCUGAUUCCAAAAAGGUGUAUGCUAUUUCUUGGACUAGAAUACUUAAAAGUUCUCCAUAAUACACCAGCUCAUUGUCAAGGAAAGCCACAUUGAUUUUUCCCUUUGGAUAGAAGCUUGGAUAUCUAUUCUUGCUUUGCAUGCAGUAAUAGGAGAGGAGGAUUUAAAUUUAAAAGGAUGUUGGAGAAUAAGCUGUUAGUAGCUAGUUCUGGUGCAAAAACUUGAAGUUACUUUACAGGACUUUGAAUCUCCAGGAAGGAAUGAGCUUCAAGAGCUGUUUUCAAACACUAUGUUCUGCAUCUUGUUGAGGCUGCCUACUUCUCCUUCCUUUAUUUACUUUUCCAAAUCAAUUAUGUAUUGGAACAAGCUGUAUAUGUUGAUUGCAAAGGCACUGGCUGAGCACAUGGCUGCACUUUUGAAGCUGUUAAGCUGCUAAGCUUUCCUUCCUCUGUUUUAUAUGAAUUACCCCUUAAAGAACUUACAAAACACCAUCUCCCCUGAGCAAAAUAGCUGCAGUUUUAUUUUUGAGAUUACAAAUGCCUUGAUUCUAGAUAAGAGUCCAGUGCCACACUUCAGAUCAGGCUCAAAAAACAGUUCGGAAGCUAUGAGGAGACAUACUGGAUUAAUCUGUUUCUUCUUAAAGCCGACCUCUCAAAUAAAAGUUGCACUAAAUCUUCUCAGAAACAAAUCUAACUUUCUUUCUGUUAAGCCAAAAAGAUUUCAUGGCAAAAGGCUACUUCUGAAAUGCAAGUUUUCUCUCUGGUCAUUCAUGUUAAUUGAAUCUACUCCUAAGUUACUGGUGUUUACAAGUUAUUCUACAUUUGGUAUUUCUGGUUUUGGUACUUUGGUGUCAUGAUGAUUUGUUGAAAAUUACCUUUAAUUGGUGAAGAUUCCUUGCUCAGUCUGAAAUCAUGAGCUUUCUUUUAAAAGCAAGCAGCAGCAACAAGAACUUUCUGAAGGGACGUUUAGAGAGACCUGCGUGCCAAGACAUCUGAGGGCUCUCUGCCUCUGAUCUGAUGAAGUGCUACCCUGGUACCUACUUUCAGAUGUGACUGGCAAAGUUUGUCUUGAACAAAAAAUAGCACGAUGUGGAACACCUCACAAGGUCACCUGCUGGUGCUGUUAUGUAAGAACAGUGCUAACUGGGAAACCAUAAAACAUGCAAUGAAUUUUGGAGAAAUGGUAUAAGGAGGUGAUGUGUAACUCAGGGACUUUAAAUUGCCUACUUAUUUAAAAAAGUCAUGUAUAGAGUCCAGAUGCAGGGAACAACCUUUUUUGUAGUGUAUAUUAAGACUUUUGAUGUGCUUGUGAGAGGAAAGCCAAGAGGAUUUCUAAACUCUGUAAAGUAUAAAUGAUGUGUUCUAAAGGUAAAUGAGAUAUGGUAUGAGCACGCUGCUUUCCAAUAGUAACUGUAAAGGUAUUAAAAGAAGAGCGCAAGUGAUAGGAUAGUGGAGACUUUGUGUUCACCAGGAUUUCUCAGCCAUGGGUCUCUGAAGUUCUGGUGAUCUCAACUCUACAACAAAGGGUGUUGGAGUGGUGGGGAACUCUGCUUUAGUGUGCAUGCAGGCACCUGAUUGCAGCUCUAUGCAUUUGAGCUUUAUUAAACUUCAAUAAACAGAAAACUUGUUCAGUAAUACAGAAUAUAAAGUGAAAUGAUUACUGCUGAUAAACAGCAUAAGAUUUAAAUGCUUGCUGUCAAGUGGAUGAUCUGCAGUUGAGAGGAAAGAAAGCAAGAAGGCUGUUCUUCAUGUUUUCAAGGUUAGUAGCAUUCCUGCCUUCCUAUUUCUUAUGUGAAACUGUUUCAGUUUAUUAAUAAACUUUUACUUCUUUGCAGGGGAAA